AUGCCUACUCAAUUUCAUGUCUCCGAAGAGUCCUUAGGCCACCAUUACAGCGUGGUCACGGCCGACGAUCAAGGGGGAAAGCAUCAAUUUUACGUAGAAAAUGCCCCGGGAGCUUCGAAGAAGCCGGAUCUCACGUUCUACGAUGGUGCCGACAAUACCGGUUCACUCAUUGGGCUUUCCAAAUUUCCUCGCAUCACAAACAACUGCGAGGUCAGAUUAGUCGAUGAGCAAUCAAACGAGGACUGGGUGCCUGUGACGAAAAGAGGUUUCAUGUCUAUGAAAUACACCUUUGAAAUCCCGGCCGGAUGCAAACAGGGUGCUUUGACAUGGAAGAAGACACGGUCAAUGGGCAGUGGCUCCAGUCCGUAUGGAAACAUGAAGUUAAUUGACGAGAAGAGUCACAAUGUUCUUGCGGUCUUCUCAUCGGAUUCUUUCUCGUUAGUCACUGGUCGACUCGAUAUGUGUCAAGACCAAGGGGGCUCGUUCGAUCGAUGGGCGCUUAUCACAGGGAUGGCUGUUCGAGAAAAACAGCGGCGCCAUACCAUUGGAACAGUGAGAUCAAAGGAAAAUGUGUACACUAUGGGUGCAGCGGGUGGUGGUAUGGGAAUGGGUGCAAUGGGUGGAAUGGGUGGCGGUGGGGGGUGCUAG